UAAGCAGUGUUUCGAGCAACAAGUUUAUUUUAUUUUCAUAAACAAAGUUUGCUGAAAGCGAAAAAUCCUGGCCCAAGUGCUGAAUCGUCGGCUAUUCCGCGAGCAACCCUAAUAACAAGUGAAAGAGCAGCCAAAGAGCAGCGCACUUAACCCGGAUAGAAAGCAAUCGGUGCAAUUGGAGCAGCUUGAAAGGCGAACGCCAGCAAAUCAAGAGAAUUGUUAAUCGAGUUGACACCCAUUCCACCAUGCAAAUCGAUGCACUGGAGGCCUGAAUAUGCUGCUCAGCGAGACCCACUUCUGGACCACGGUGCGGGAGGAUGUGGUGCGGAUCAAGAGCCAGGACCUGGGCGCCUUCCGCUACCUCAGGCAGCGCGACAAGGAGCAGGAGCAGCAGGACCUCGCCUUCCUGGCCAAGCGCGACUACACGGAGCGUCGCAAUGGACUCGCCGUGCUGAAGAACAGCGGUCGCAAGUCCACCGGCCGCUUGAAGGACAACCUCAAGAAGCUGGAGGAUCUGCUGCGCCAGCACAGGAUCAUCCACUCCGAGUGGCAGGACGCGGCGCAGGUGCUGCUCCUCUUCGCGCACGGCCUGAUCGCCCACAUCUGCGUGGACAUCUACACGGGCGACAUCCUGCGCAUGGUCUUCGAGAAGUACCUGGUGGGCAAGCUCGCCUCCGAGGUCAUCACGGAUGCUUUUUUCACCCGUUCCCACAUCGUCUUGGCCUACAAUACCAACCAGCUGACGGUGGUGCAUCUGCAGCGGCCUAAUGCGCGCUCCCAGGGGCCGGAGAAGAUCGCGAACAUGGACCCGCGCAUCUUCCACGUGAUCAUACCGGGCGCCACAGAGCGCAAACUAUCCCGCCACCUCACAGUCAACGGCAGCUUCGAUCUGUUCGUGGUUUGGACGCAGUCCUCGCAGAACGAGGUCUACCCCUGGAGGCCCACGGUCAGGGACCAGGAUCGCGCCAACAUACAUGUCUUCAAGAUCAAGGGUUUGCAGCUGGAAUCGAUUGCCUAUUGCUGGUCGGAGAACGAUCCGCUGUGCGUGGACUUCCUGCGGAGCAGCGAGAGCCAGAUCAUCACGCUGGAGCAGAAGGUGUCCCGCAAGGGCGACAUAAGCGCCGAAAUCUGCUCCUACGAACUGGCCGCCGGCAAAAUGCAGCGCACCGCCAUCACCUCCAUUCCAAUGGGCGCACAGAUCUGCUCAUUCGCCUUCAGCCCCGACCAGGAGAAGCUCUUCCUGGGCAGCAUCGAUCGGAAUAUUUGCCUGCACGAUCUGGUCCAGCAGUCGACGAAGUACGCCAACCAGAUUGAGAUCGUGCCCAAUCAGUGCGCCUGGCACUGCGACUCCGCCAUGCUGUGUGUGGCCAACGAGCGCUCGGUGCUGCAGUGCUUCGAUCUGGCCCUGGCCACCAUUGGCCAUCAGCUGGUCAGCGAGAGUGUGACGCCGUCCAGCUUGCUGGAUCUGUCGCACUACUUCGUCGCCCAGCCCACGCUGCUGAGUGUCGCCUUCAGCCGCAAGCCAGAUUUGUCCACUUUUAAGCACACCUACGCCCAGACAGAUUGCCUGCUGCUGCUGAUCUACGAACAGGGUCCGCUGGCCUGCAUGCGCAUCUUUGGCGGCACCGGAAUGCGCGGCGAUAUCCACAACUCCGGACUCACGGCGGACGUCAUUGCGGACAAGUAUCUGCGGCUGCAGCAGCCGGACAGGGCGGUGAAUGUGCUGGCCGCCCUCAACUGGGAGACCUACGGAGCCAUGUGCCUGAUUACGCUGCACAAGAUAGCCAACUAUGUGUUCUUCGGCGGCGACCAGCGACGCCCGCGCAUCGAGCUGAUGGCCAGAGCGCUCAAGACAUUCGCCCACACGCUUUCCGAGGAGACGAAGGACGAGUUCAGCGAUCAGGUGUACGACCUGAAGCGUCGCUUCUGCUUCUAUCUGCUGCGCAAAAACCUAUUCGCCGAGGCCUUUGAAAUCGCGCAGGAUGUGGCCGACUAUGACAUCUUCAUGGACCUGUACAACCUAACCAAGUGCAUCUCCAGCCUGAGUGAGUUCGCCCAGGUGGCCUUCAGCCAGGCAGCUGCCAUAAUCCACGAGGAAGAUCGUGCCAACGGCAAUCUCAGCCUGACCUGCGACCUGCGCUCGGAGUCCGCCUGCUCGUUGUCCACCUGCUCGGACUUGUUGCGCGUUCAGGGCGCGCUCACAGCUCCUGAAACCGGACUAGGCCCAGGUCAGCCACAAAGCCAGCAGGUCCUCAAGAACUACGUGCCACCGCUGCCCUCGUUCAAGUCGAAGGUGUUCAACGCUGAGAUGAUCAAGAUCAACAUACCCAAACCGGAACUCAGGCCACCCUUGCCGAAGGUUUCGCUAGCGCCACCAACCUCUUCGCUGGCGAGUCUAACCCUGAAGUCCAGCAGUCUGCAGCAGGCGCCCGCAAAGAGUCUACACUCAAAUGGCAAUGUGUGGUCCCAGGAUGUGCCGGAUCAGACGGUGGGUCUGCCCAUGGCUAGUAGCCCCCUGCCUCGUCUUCCGCCUUCAAGCAUUCCAGAUCAGAGCGCCCAGCUGGGUCAGUUCAACACGUUGCCAGCUUCGCCUCCGCCGACAGCCGCCUAUCAGCCGAAGUUUUACCAGCAUCCGCUUGUCUCUGGCAAUAUACCCGCCAUGCUGCCCUCGCUCCCCAGCGAGGACUACCAGAAGCGCCUGCUGCUGAAGAAGCCCACUGCAUCCAUAUUGUCCACCCCGGCGAAUCCAGCCCCCGCGAACGGAGAGGCCCCCGCCACCCCCGCAAAGUCACAAACGGCCGAGAAGAACAAAGUAAAAUUCUCGGAUACAAUACAGGUGGCAGUGGUGCCUGAGAUUCCGCGCAAGGAAAAGCCCAUGCCUCCCAAGCGAAAUGGCUACUCCAGGCCAGCAGCGCGACACCUGACCAAUCCUAAAAAGGAACUCGCAGACAGCCUGCCGCUCUGUCAUCCCAACGACGAGUACCUCAAGGACUUCAACCCCAUAACUACCAAUGUGACCAAGCCGCCCAUUCGACGACGCGAGGAAGAGCCCAAGAGCAGCAGCAAGGGCGGCAACUCCUCCUCCUCGUCGUCCAUCAAGGUGGUCCACUUCGGAGUGGUCUAGUAAUCCAUAGUGCAAUUCCUAAGCGUACA